AUGACCGUAUCUAGAUACCUUAAAAUGCUCAUUAAUAAAAUGUUCAAGUUAAUUACUGCCACCAUUUUAGUUUUAUCUAUGGUCAUCUGUACCUUCGGUACCGUUGUUCCACACCAAAAGACCCGUGCUGUCACUUUGGACUUGUGUCCAACUUGUGUUGACUUCAUGGACGAGUCAAUCCAAGAACUCAUUAAUAUCAUCAUGAAUGCCGGUGUUUUGGGAUCAUGCUCAGAUCUCUGCAGCAAGCUCUCCAAGUCUGACGAGCAAGUCGUCUGUGACUUGUUGUGCGACUACGUCGGUAUUGAGGAAUUCAUCAAGAUCAUCCAAGACGCUGACCCAGAUCCCGUCUACAUUUGCGAGCAAAUCAAGGUUUGCCCAGUUCGUGACUCUGGUAAUGCUAACAUCACCUCCGUCAUUGUCGACCCACCAGCUGGUCCAGUCGGUACCCAAUUCACCAUCACUGUUACCUUCCAAGUUCUCAGCCAACUCGGUACUGGUCAAAUUGCCAUCAACGUCAUCGACCCAUUCGGAAACUCCUUCGGUGGUGGUGAUCUCUUGGUCAACACUGAACCAAACACCUACAACGCCAACUUCCAAUUCCAAGCUCAACCAUCCGAAAGUGAGCCAUUCCAACCAGGAAACUACACUGUCCAAGCUGCCGUUUGCGAAGGUACCUGCGGUUCCCCACACCCACACUCCAAGAUCUACGAUAUCGUCUACUCUGGUUUCAACAUCACCCAAUCAUUCUAA